GGCAGUUGAAGCUUUUCAUGGCAUGGAGCUAAAUAACACCCCCUUAAGCAUCCGUUAAAGAGAUGCAACAUCUUUCUCUAAGGCAGUUGGCAACCCUAAUUGGCUACCAUUUGAUGGUUGAAGAAGGCCCAGCCUGACGUCCUCCGUCCCGUUCCUGAUUGGCCCGUUAAGAGCGCAGAGAUAACCUCCCCUCGCUGCAAUAGGCUAACUCGGCGACUCGGGUUCCCCGGAUGUGGGUACGUUAGAGCGGCUAUAAAGGAUUCCUGAAAGGGCGGGAGUGGACGCAGUUUUGAAUUGCGGCGGGGUAAGGUAAGAGAAAAAAUAGAGGCCCGUCGUCCUUGGCCUACGAUCUCCAAACCGCCUCCUUCCAGAGCGACGAGCUCUCAUUCGUAAUGGCUGGGGGCAAAGCCGGGAAAGACUCUGGCAAGACCAAAACGAAGACGGUGUCUCGUUCGCAGAGAGCUGGUUUACAGUUCCCUGUAGGUCGUAUUCAUCGGCAUUUAAAGUCGAGGACUACAAGUCAUGGGCGAGUUGGGGCUACAGCUGCUGUGUAUAGUGCUGCUAUCCUGGAGUACCUCACAGCUGAGGUUCUUGAGUUAGCAGGAAAUGCAUCCAAAGACUUGAAAGUGAAACGAAUUACUCCCCGUCACUUGCAGCUUGCAAUACGAGGUGAUGAAGAACUUGAUUCUCUCAUCAAGGCAACAAUUGCUGGUGGAGGUGUAAUUCCACAUAUCCAUAAAUCUCUCAUUGGAAAGAAAGGGCAACAGAAAACCGUUUAAAGGAUGCUUGAAUCUUUUUUGUUUUUUUGGACUCUUAAAUGCUCAGUUGUCCAGUGUUGGUGGGUUUCCAGUGGACUGCAUCUGUGAAACACAACUUUGCCUUUCUGUAACCUUGAAGCUGGAGCUCAUUGAGCUUUCUAACAAACCAAAAUUCCUCAUUUGAAGUCUUAACCUUAUUUAAGUGUUACAUGGCUUCAGAGAAGCCAUGGUCUGUAGUGGUUCCUGUUUUUAGAAAUGUUGGUUUUUAAUUAUUCAUGAUUUUGUUGCUGAUCUGUAAAUUUUUUUAUGCUUCAAGUUCCUUCAUUCAGAUUUUUUGCAGCUAUAAGCUAAGAUUUAACUACAAGAGACUUUGGACGCUAAGAACAGAACAGGAGCUGUUGCAAAACUAAUAAAGGAAUGUGAAGUACAAUGCCUUGUUGCUCAUGUUGAUCUCUUCUAGUUAAAGGAAAUGAUUUUAAUAAGCAGAAACUGAAAAGCAUUUGUGUGUUUUUUUUGUACAGACCUUUCUGCCACUCUUGUGGAUAAUUCAAUAAAUGUUGUCAGUAUGAA